AUAUGGUCCACUAUGAUUACCCAAAAGUAUUCCGUCUUAGUUGGAUUUGGGAAUCUAAAGCCUGCAUCGUUGAACGUGGCUGCCACCGCAGCAUCCACAAAAAGCCCAACCGCUAAACCACAGCCAUAACUAUAUAUCGAACAGGUAGUGGGCAUCUCGGAGCGGGCGAGUGAGGCCGGACAUGGCGGUGCGCAGCGAGCUCCUGCUCUUGUGUUCCGUGAUGAUCGCGUUGGUUCUGGUGGAGGGGGCGGAGGGGGGGAGACGGCCGCGGGCGGGGCUGGCGGGGCAGCUGCUGCGAUCGCACAACGCGGCGCGGGCCGCGGUGGGGCUGCCGCCGCUGGCCUGGGACGCGCGGCUGGCGCGGUACGCCGAGUCGUACGGCGGGAGGCGGCGGAGGGACUGCGCGCUGGCCCAUUCCGGGGGGCCGUACGGGGAGAACAUCUUCUGGGGGAGCGGGGCGCGGUGGCGGCCGGCCCAGGCGGCGGCGGCCUGGGUCGGGGAGCGCCGCUGGUACCACUACCGCUCCAACUCCUGCUCCGCCCCCGAGUGCGGCCACUACACCCAGAUAGUGUGGCGGAGCACCCGGCGGUUGGGCUGCGCCAUGGUGAGCUGCUCAGGGAGGAAGGGUGUGCUCGUGGUCUGUGAGUACGACCCCCCCGGCAACUACAUCGGUGAAAGGCCUUAUUGAUCCCCCUCCCCCCCCCCCCCCCCCCAUCGCCAUUGAUUUGACCUCCGUGUACAUUGCUCAUUCGAUGAUCGAUGGAAUUGCUUGAUCCUUCAUUCGUUAUUUUAAAUUUUUUUUACAAUUAUAAAUCGUGCUCGAUCGAUCCUUCAUUCAUUAUUAGAAUCUUUUAUGAGAUUCAUCCUCUUACAUUUCUGCAAUCACUAUUAUCCAAUCAAAAGCUUGAAGGCGACUUCAGUAGGAACACAAUCCGAUAUAUGUAUGGGUAAGCAGUUUGAAGGCUCCACUGUGGUUGGGGGGGACUGUGGGACGACACUCACAUGGUGUAUGACAUAGGAGAGAGGGAGGGUCAGAUGGAGUUGCAGUGACAUGGGGACAGGCAUAAUGUGCACCAUUAAUUCCUUUGACUUUACAGGUGGGAUCGAAGGCAGGGCAUGCAACGCAGAAAAAUACUAGUGGCGUUGGGGUCCCGACCACAUGGGCCUUCUUUUGGAAUUUAUCUCAUGGCAAGCUCGUAAUUUUUUAUAUGUAUAUAUAUAUAUAGCGAUUUUUUGAAAAAUAUUAUUUUUAUUUUGUUUUCCAAGAAAUAUUCUCUAUUUCUAGAAUUUUCAAACAAUGUCACAU